GGUUCCUCUCCUUGCCGCUUACAUCAUUUUUUGCCAAUUAACGAUUUAAUAUUCUGCUUUCAGCAAUAUAUAGGACCUCAUGAUGACCAUAAGCGACCUUUUCAAUUUUUGGGGUGCAAAUUUUUCUUUUAUUGAUUCAUGAUGUGUAUUCAGAAAGAGGCCGGUUCAACACCUGUCAUGAAAUUCUUGGGAAGCAUAGAUGGGAUAUAUAACUUGAGGAUCUUGUGUUGAAGAGAUAUCCAAACUUGACUACAUUCUCAACUUUACGAAUUAGAUUAACUAUUGAUCUUUUAUUCCCCCCUUAUUAAUCUAUCUUUGCGCGAUUAAGUGUACAAGAUGAAUACCGCACCUCUCAUUUCUUUCGUGGCUUUAAUGGUCUUGUGCGUCUUUGCGGCGCCGAUCGAUCACUUUACUGAGGGCGAUGCUUUUCAGUCUCGGAGUGCUCUGAAUACUACUACUCCGCAUGCUGAACGAAGUGGCUUGAAUACUACUGUGUCUAAUGUCGCACGAAAUGAUUAUCCGAGCGCGGGAGAUGUGGUUCUUACUUUCUAUGCUAGGAAUGGUGAUUCCUUCCAACAGACUUUCCCUGUAGAUGGAAACAACUAUGUCAUCGAUAACCCGCUCAAGAUUGCAAAGAUCGUCGCAGAAGGAACGGGAUAUUGUGCGGUCACGGGUUACUCGGGAAGCUUUACACAGACGCAAAAUACGUGUGGGCCGUUGACGGUUAGUCCGAUUAGUGUGCAGGUUUGGGGUCAGUGUAGUACUGCGUUGCCGGCGGAGGGGUAUGGGUUGGAUGUUAGACCUAAUUAGUGUAGAGAUGGAAGAGAAUGGAGAAGGGAGAGAGGAAAGAAAGGAUUGAGAGUGGUGAUCGGGUGAAAUGAUGUGUUCGUUUUUACUUGGUGUUGGGUUUGAUUAUGAUGCUCUGUCAGAUUGUUCAUGAAAGGAACCUCGCUCCUUUUGUUUUAGGAAAGCAAAAUGGAUCGCCA